AAAGCCCCGGCUUCAUAGAUCUCCAACAGAGAUCGAUCGAAAGUCUGGAAUUAAAAAAUGGCAAUGGCGUCGCCAGAACAUACGGCCAGCUCCGACGCGUACACGGAGAUGUCGAAUCUUCUUCCUCUUGCCUCCGCCGCGCAGCAGCCCUACGUGUCCGAACUCCUCUCGUUCACUCUCGAUCGCCUCCAUAAGGAACCGGAAUUGCUGAAAGUAGAUGCGGAGAGAAUACGGCGGCAGAUGCAGGAGGUGGCGGUGGGGAAUUACCGCGCAUUUAUUGCGGCGGCGGAUGCCUUGCUCGAGAUCCGAGAGGAGGUUUCUUCAAUUGACAAGCAUCUGGAGUCUCUGAUAGCUGAAAUUCCGAAGCUAACAUCUGGCUGCACUGAGUUUGUUGAUUCCGCCGAAGAUAUUUUGGAGAAAAGAAAGAUGAACCAAACACUACUAGCAAAUCAUAGCACUUUGCUUGAUUUGCUUGAAAUUCCUCAACUCAUGGAAACGUGUGUGAGAAACGGAAAUUAUGAUGAAGCUCUUGACCUGGAAGCAUUUGUUGCAAAGCUUACUACAAUGCAUCCGAAGUGAGUUUUCU